AUGGAUAUCAUCAGUGAGAACCACUUUAUUUCUCAGUCAAUUAUGCUUCUACUAUGCUGUACCUUCAGCGAGUAUAUCUCUGUGGCGUCUAGCAUCUUCUCCCCAGGCCAAUCUCUUUCAGGAAACCAGACAAUCACCUCUACAGGUGGCAUAUUUGAACUGGGUUUCUUCACACCAGGUAACUCUCAAAACUAUUACAUAGGCAUAUGGUACAAAAAUCUACCACAUCAAACAGUAGUUUGGGUGGCUAACAGAAAUCAGCCUGUUUCUGAUCCAAUUUCUUCAACAUUGGAACUCCAUGCUAAUGGAAACUUAAUCUUACAUGGAUUGUCCAAACUUCCAAUAUGGUCCACUAAUUCAACAUCAGAGAUUGCUAAUUCCACUAUAGGAAUGCUUCUUGAUAGUGGGAACUUUGUUCUAAGAGAUGCAUCUGAUCCAUCCGCUGUAAUAUGGCAGAGUUUUGAUUUCCCAACUGAUACUUGUCUGCCGGGUGCAAGGCUUGGAUAUAAUAAGCUUACCAAGGAAAAACUAAUUCUUAGGCCAUGGAGAACUUCAAGUGAUCCAGCACCUGGCCUCUUCUAUUUAGAGCUACAACAAAAUGGAACAAGUGUUUGGUUACUCUGGAAUGGCUCUGAAACUUAUUGGACCAGUGGAUAUUGGACAGGGAAACUCUUCAGCAUUGUUCCAGAAAUGGCGGAGAAUAAUUAUAUUUCAAAUUUUACUUUUGCUUCAAAUAAGAAUGGAAGUUAUUUUACUUAUGCUGAUGCCUCUUCAAAUACCUUUAUCAGGAUUAUGCUAGAAAUCACUGGUCAGCUCAAGUUAUUCAUCAGGGGGAAGGAGUUCACACAAUGGACUUUGACCUGGAUGCCACCACUCGAACAAUGUGACGUUUAUGGUUCAUGUGGUGCUUUUAGCAUCUGCAACCAGAAGAAUGUGUCUCUUUGUGGCUGCCUGCAAGGAUUUGAACCCCAAGUCCCAAAAGAUUGGAAAUUACAAGAUCACAAAUAG